UGUCAUGUGAUCAGCUGUGUCCAAUCACAGCUGAUUGCCGAUCAUCAUGGCACUGAUGAUCAGUGCCCUUUUUAUCAGUGUAACCCCAUCAAUGCCACCUGCCAGUGCUUAUCAAUGCCACAUAUUAGUGCCUACCAGUGCACAUUAAUGCCACAUAUUCGUGCCCAUCUGAGCUGCCUUUCAGUGCCUCCUAUCAGUGCCGCCUAUCAGUUCUGCCAAUCAAUGCCAGUCAGUGCCACCUAUCAGUGCCCAUCAGUGCCACCUAACAGUUCCAAUUAGUGC